AUGCCCCAACUGGAAACUCCACGGUGCUUAAUCGCCAACUUGCCCGAGAUCGAGUACUCGGUUUCGAACAGCUCCUUUAUCUGUGGUCGGACAGGAUAUCUUAUUGAAGCUACCCUUCUUUCGCACGGAUAUACUGUUCUUAUCAAAGCAACGACCGCGGAAAAGCGGCCACGCCUUAAAGUGGAAGCAGCCAAUUAUCGCCACCUCAGGAAUCUGCAGGGACAAAUUAUUCCUACCUACCUUGGGAUAUUUAACCCACGGGUUUCAUAUUGGUACCAUGGCCAGCGGAUGGGGCAGAUGAUGAUUCUCAGCUAUUCGGGGAGGAGACUCCAGUUCGUUCUCAAUGAUGAGAACAGGGAUUUCUUCCACCAGGAGCGCGAGAAAGCCUUGGACGUGUUCCGUUCGCAUGGGGUGGUCCACCGCGAUAGUGACUGGCGCAACAUGUUGUGGGAUGACCGAGGUUGCCGUCUAAUGGUCAUUGGCUUGGAAGACCUGGGAACCGUUAAAGCACCCUCGCGCCCUUGA